AUGGCGAUGAACGAUGAAGGUGGAGCUGAAGAAGAUGAUGAAACAGAGGAUGAUGAAGAUGAGGAUUACGCCGAUGAUGGAGAGACCACACAAUAUUCACCCUUCUUCGGCAAUGCCGCCGCCGCCCCUGCUGCCCCACGACACACCGAGACCUCGUUCGACGGCAUCUCCACGCGGGCCUUCCCGCGCAAGGUGGCCGACCGGCUCGUGGCGCCCGUCGACCCCAACAUCGUCGAGAUCAAGCCCGACGGCACCGUCUACCUGCCCGAGAUCAUGUACCGCCGCAUCCUCAACUCGGCCUUCGGCCCCGGCGGCUGGGCGCUCAUGCCGCGCGGCCCGGCCACGCACGGCGACAAGUUCCUCACCCGCGAGUGGGCGCUCUUCUGCCACGGCCGCUUCGUCGCCCAGGCCAGCGGCGAGAGCGAGAUGCUGACGUCGUUCACGGGGCCGGCGACGGCGCUUGAGGGCGUCAAGUCGCAGGCGCUGGUGCGGUGCUGCAAGGACCUUGGCGUGGCGAGCGAGCUGUGGGACAUGGCCUACGUCACCGACUGGAAGAACAAAAGACGGGCCAGAAGAAGACCCUUUACCGACGCCUGGACCGUCCGCCCUUCCCCUACCCGUGGAAGGAGUCCCAGUUGA